CGCAUCCUCCACACUCAGCGGCACGCGGAGAAAUAGGUUAACACUUCGCGUGAGCAAGAAGCCAUCCGAUCGCUCAAGAGAAAUUUAUACAUCACUCCUUUGCGCUUACUCCUUUUCCUGCUCCUCAACUUUCCCCCUGAUGCUCUCUUGCGGUCGCAAGUCAUUUCUAUAGAGCACAAGCUCCUGCUAUUUCCCACUGUUGGGUCGCAAUCUCGAUAACUGUCAACGCCAAAUACACCUCGGCUGAUUGGGGGAACCUACAACAUCAUGGCGGGCGGAACUGCCCACGCGGACGUGUAUGCCGCGAGGCUGGGGGAUAGCUCGCUUGAUGCCAAGUUAAAACUACAAAUCGCAGGGGAGCUCCGUGACUCGAUUGAUAUGUUUACACAGGGGCCGGCAGAAUACACGAAAUUUUUAGCGAAGUUAAUGCCUGUGUUUAUGAACAUACUAAGUGGUCAACCUGUCUUUGUGUCUACAUCCCCCGAGCAGAAAUUGCGGAAUAUUACUCUCGAUACGAUCCACCGGUUGCCAUAUACCCCACCGGAGGCUCUGGAACCAUAUGCUAGCGAUCUGAUGACAUUAUUAAUGACGCUUGUUAGGACCGAGAAUGAGGACAAUGCUGUUCUGUGUAUGAAGACGAUAAUGGAUUUUCAGAGACAUUAUCAAAAACAGCUUACAGAGAAGGUGCAGCCGUUCUUGGAUUUGAUUCAGGAAAUGUUUACUAUGAUGCCCAAAGCUGUAAAGGAAGCUUUCGACAAUCCGUCUACCACAUCGGGAGGUACGCCGGGGAUGCCUAGUACACCAGGAAAUUCUGCGCAGAAUUUGGGGAUGACCCAGAGCCCUAAGCCAAUGUCUCCAAUGAUGCCGGGUCAGGAUCCCGCGACAGAGGCGCAACAGCCCGCAAAAAUGCUUGUUAAAGGAAUGCAGAGUUUCAAGGUUCUUGCGGAAUGCCCGAUCAUAGUGGUCAGCUUAUUUCAAGCUCAUCGACCCUGUGUACACAAAAACGUUAAGCUAUUUGUUCCUCGAAUCAAGGAAAUGUUGCUGCUGCAGGCCGGACCUCAGGAGGAGGCGCAUAGACUGGCUAAGGCUAAAAGGGAGGUAUUCACAGGCGUUAGUUCUAACAUCAAGAAUAGGGUCGCAUUUGGGGAGUUCAUAACAGCGCAGGUCAAGACCAUGAGUUUUUUGGCUUAUGUGCUGCGAGUAUAUGCGCAUCAGCUCCAGGAAUUUUUGCCCACACUUCCUGAGAUUGUGGUGAGGUUGCUAAAAGAUUGUCCAAGAGAACGUUCUGGAGCUCGCAAGGAGCUGCUCGUGGCUACACGUCACAUAAUCAAUUUCAACUUUCGGAAGAUAUUUCUGGGCAAGAUAGACGAGCUCUUAGAUGAGCGAGUUCUUAUUGGAGACGGGUUAACUGUUUAUGAAACUAUGAGGCCCUUAGCAUACAGUAUGUUAGCAGAUUUGAUCCACCAUGUUCGAGAUGCAUUAGAUCGCGAUCAAAUUGGACGGACUGUCGAGGUGUAUACGAAGAAUUUGCACGAUGACUUCCCUGGCACAAGUUUUCAGACAAUGAGUGCAAAGCUGCUCUUAAAUUUGGCUGGGUUUAUAGCGAAAUUAGAGAACAAGCAGGAGGCUCGGCACUUUUUGAUCAUGAUCCUUGAUGCCAUCGCCGAAAAAUUCAAGUCCAUGAACAGACAAUAUGAGAAUGCUGUCAAGCAGAGCAGGAUGAAUUGGCUGGCCAAGGAAGAAACUAGGCCUGAGGAAGUUGUGAUGGAGCCGGAGAGGAAUAGACGGGAUGAGCAUGAUGAAAUAGACAUAUUUACGGCAACGCCGAUCAAGACAUCCAAUCCUAGGGAGAGGGGUGCCGAUCCAGUUUCAGAUAAUAAAUUUCUGUUUAAAAACCUUAUGAAUGGUCUCAAGAGCAUGCUUUUUGCUUUACGGUCAUGUAACCCACCCCUCCAAUCGGCAGACAACAACCCUCCAAAUUGGAAUGAGGUCGCAUUCGGGUUUAGCGCAGAAGAGGUCAAUGUCAUAAUCGGACUAUUUCGAGAGGGAGCCAGAGUCUUUCGAUACUACGGCGUUGAGCAUGAAGCGAAAGUAUCUGAUCCAAAUACCUCGCCGGUAGACUUCCUAACCAAUCACUUUAUGGUUCCGAAUGGAAAGGAAGAGAAGGAAUUAUUGGAGACUUUUGCGACCGUAUUUCAUUGCAUCGACCCGGCAACUUUCCACGAAGUGUUCCAUUCUGAAAUUCCGCAUCUGUAUGAGAUGAUGUUUGAACAUACGGCGCUCCUACAUGUCCCCCAGUUUUUCCUCGCUAGUGAAGCGACUUCUCCAAGCUUCUGUGGGAUGCUUCUCCAGUUUUUAAUGGGUCAUAUCGAGGAAGUGGGGACUAAAGAUCCAAGGAAGUCACAAGUGCUGUUACGGCUCUUCAAAUUGUCCUUUAUGGCCGUCACUCUUUUCUCGGCUCAGAAUGAACAAGUCCUGCUACCGCACGUUAGUAAGAUUGUUCUCAAGUCGAUCAGUCUAUCAACCACUGCGGAGGAGCCCAUGAAUUACUUCCUGCUUCUGAGGUCUUUGUUUCGCAGCAUAGGUGGUGGGAGGUUUGAACACCUAUACAAAGAGAUUUUGCCUCUUCUGGAAACCCUUCUCGAGGUUUUAAAUACUCUGCUGAAUUCGGCUCGGAAAGUCCAGGAGAGGGAUCUGUACGUUGAAUUGUGUCUCACGGUCCCAGCACGCUUGAGCAAUCUCUUGCCACACUUGAGCUAUUUGAUGAAGCCGUUAGUGGUAGCUCUCAGGGCCGGACAGGAGUUGGUUACUCAAGGAUUGAGGACGCUCGAGCUUUGUGUGGACAAUUUGACGGCAGACUAUCUGGAUCCCAUCAUGGCCCCUGUUAUUGACGAUCUGAUGGCUGCGCUAUGGGAUCACCUCAAACCGUUACCCUACAGCCAUGUUCACAGCCACACGACUAUGCGAAUUUUAGGUAAACUUGGGGGUAGAAAUCGUCGGUUUUUGACACAUCCUCCUCCUCUAGCGUUCGGGCUUUAUGCCGAUGACGAUUGCAGCGUCAAUGUUAAACUCCAUGGAGCGCCCGGUGAACGGGCGUUCCCAGUGCUUCGCGCGGUUGACCUAGCUAUGGAAAAGAUAUUUGAUAACAAGCUUUUGAAAACCACACAAGAUAAAAAGACCGACCUAUUUUAUAAACAGCAAUCUCUGAGGCUUUUGAGCUCUGCUCUAAAACUUUUUGUGGGGUACGAUCCACUACCAGAGGAUUUCGCUCUGUUAGUCCGGUUACAGGCCAAUGAUUUGGCGAGCGGAUCAUCGGAUCUCGUAGAUGCUCGUAUUCCAUCCUCCGACCGACAUAAACCUGUUUUUAAAAAGCACGACCAAGAAGUUGUCCUCCGGAAACUUCUGGAGUCAGUUAUACACGCCGUUGCUAUCCCUGAGCUUGAGGAGGAUGCCUCCUCACUAGUGUUUGAUGUAUGCCGGCAUUUCACAAUCUUGGAAGUAGGGAGAGCAACAACAGAAAUGCGACAAAAGAAACAGCAGUUUGUCGUCAAUAGUGGCGAAGGCCCAAUGUAUCUUGACAACAGAAGCUUGUCUGAGGCUCUCGCCCAUUGCUUCUCUUCGGAGAGUAAAGCUGUGAGGGAACUGGUCAAGAAAGCAUUGAAGGUGAUCUACGACGCUGCGGCCACCCUCUUUGGAUCAACGGAGAACGUUCAUAAACUUCCCUUCUUUCUUUCAAUGGCGAAAACCUUCUGUCAUUGCUGUUAUGAAGAGGAAUGGUAUCCUAAAUCUGGUGGGUGCUUAGGGAUUCGUGCACUGACUGAGGAUCUCGAUUUGGGAGAGGCUUGGAUGGUGGACCGUCAACACGAUUUUGUUCGGGCCUUGUUAUAUGUCAUCAAGGACAUGCCUCCAGACCUUCCGGCUAGCACUCGGGAAUGUGCCCAAUCCACACUUGAUCUUGUUCUGCGGAGUUGCAACAAAAAUGUCACUAAGGAGGAAAUCACGACGUAUCACUCGAAAAGUUUCAACUUAUGCGCUUUGCUCAUUUGCGAAAUAUCCAAUCCUAAUAAGCAUGUAAGGGAGACGGCGCAGAAAUCUUUUGCAACCCUGUCGAGUAUACUUGACAUAGAAAUACACACAUUAAUGACUCCUGUCAAAGAUCGCUUGUUAACACCUAUUUUCAACAAGCCACUUCGCGCCCUUCCGUUUGCGAGUCAGAUUGGCUAUAUCGAUGCUAUAACUUUUUGUCUCAGCCUCCAACCCGCCUUUCUGGAAUUCAACGAGGAGAUGAAUCGUCUUAUGAUGGAAGCACUUGCCCUUGCAGAUGCUGAUGACGAUGCCCUGUCGAACAACCGUGUCCCCGAACACCGAACAACUGAGUCCGUCCUCAACUUACGUGUAGUUUGCAUUAAGCUAUUGUCUAUGGCAAUUACAUACCCCGAUUUCGCUUCCCCUGAUAAAACUCAAACAAGAGGGCGGAUUAUUUCAGUGUUUUUCAAAUCUCUUUACUCAAAAUCUCCGGAGGUCAUCGACGCAGCAAAUUCGGGGCUUAAAGGGGUCCUUGCACAGACAAAUAAGUUGCCAAAGGAUCUCCUUCAGAACGGUCUUCGCCCGAUCUUGAUGAACCUUUCUGACCCAAAGAGAUUAAAUGUUGCAGGUUUGGAGGGGUUGGCAAGACUACUGGAGCUUCUGACGAAUUACUUCAAGGUGGAGAUUGGUAGUAGGUUACUAGACCACCUGAAGAACUUGGCCGAACCAAAUACCCUCCAGCAGACCUCAUUCAAAUUGCUCGAGCAGAACCAAAACAUUCGAGUCAUAGCGUCAAUAUUAAACAUAUUCCACUUGCUUCCACCGGCAGCAGUGCAGUUCUUGGAAGAAAUGUUUAAGAUUGUAAUAGAUCUAGAGGAAAAACUUCGGCGAACACGGCAUAGCCCAUUUCGAGCUCCUCUCUUGAAAUUCGUCAAUCGAUAUCCUAGCGACACCUGGGCGUUUAUGAAGCCCAAGCUAAUCGAUAUCAAAUACGGCAGGAUUUUUUGGCAGCUUCUUGCAGAUGACACUAGUGGGCCAUUGCGUACUGUUGUUUGUGGUGACGUCCCACGUUUUAUGGAAUCAACGAUCCACUCGGAUAUCAGGAUGGAAGACAGAUUCAUUGCUACAGUAAACGCGGCAAAUAUUGUUAACGCCAUCGUGAAGCACCCUGGCAGUAAAGAGUGGCUUGUGCAAAAUCGCGAUUUGAUGGAGAAAUUGCUUCGGGCUGGGAUUGAAUUGAGAGAUAGAUUGAAGGAAGGGAAGGUUGCGGUUCCUGUUAGAUUGGCUGUUGAACAAUCUUCUGAGACAUUACUCGAGAUAUUUAUGACCUAUCUCACAUAUGCGGAAGACGAUUUGGAGUUCCUUUUCCAGGUGAUCGACGCACAGACAUCUAACAAGCUUAAGAGAUCUAAUGCUCUGACCAGCCACAUCUAUUCUCGGAUCAUAUGUGGCGGGUCCAUUGAACGGUGGCGAAAUGUGAUAUAUAGGUGUCUGGAUUUGUAUUCCGGGAAAUCCUCGACUCAGGAGACCAAAACAUUUGCCUUUCACUACCUGGUUAAUCCCAUACUUGCUAUGGAUGUUCAGCGCGGGGCUAAACCCGUUAACGGACAAAAGCUUGUUGACAGAAAUAUGAUUGAAGCCAUUCACUCCAAAAUCUGGAGGCCAAACCUUGGAGAUCUGGGGGAUGACGCCUCUCCUGGAUUAGAUCACUCCCGGAUGGAACUUCUGCAGAUAUUGUAA